CCCCGUAACACCCGCGCUAGUGAGUCGAGAAUCCGUCGAGUUCGCACCCUUUCUGGCCUUACCACCCAGCACCACACCGAUCCAUCUCCUUUCUGUUUUAGCAUCCCAUCCGGUUAGGAGGAAAGCAAAACCAGUUGCGGUUGAAUACCGACGACGUCAUUGCAUAUUUCCGUUGCACUGAAGUAACAUUGAGAUAGAAAGAGAACGAACGACAGACUGCAUCCGCACUCGCUACCUGCCCCCUUCACGUGCGUGCGCUUUGUAAAACAUACAUCGCAAAAGAGAAUCCGCAGCGUUAACGCGUCCCGCCCAGUUCAAGGCCAACGGAUUUUGAAUUAGUUUUCCCGAAGUCGCAACCUGUGAAAAUGUUCAGUGGAAUAUCUGCUUCGUUGAAGAGUCUUGGUAGCAAGGCCGAGGGUCUAUUCGACAAGAAGAAAAAGGAGGCCCAGGACAUGGCCAACGAAAAGGUUCAGGCUGCCUCCAGCAUGGCGGAAGAGCAAGCUAAAAAAACACAGGAGACCUUCAGCAAGACUAAAUCCGACGCAGAAGCUCUGGCCACAUCAGCAGCCAACGAAGUGGAUGCCACGAAACAGCAGGCCACUGCUGCAGCUGAAACAACGUCGCAGGCGGCAGGAACGCUGAUGGACCACGCCAAGCAGGCGGCCGAAAACGCCAUCCAGCAGAGCGCAGUCGUGGUCGAAAAGGCCGUCGAGGAACAGAUGAAGGCUGCCGAGGAGAAGGUUGACGAGGGCAUGAAGCUGGCCAGCGAACACGUUGAUCGAAAACUGCAGGAGGCGAACCGAUUGGCUGAUGAAAAGCGGGGUGAGCUAGAACAGAAAGUAAAUGAUGUCGCUACAAAGGCUCAAGACACGGCCACAGCCGGGGCAACCGGAUUACUCGGAAAACUAAACCUGGGUCCGAAGUAAGCCAGAAACAACAUGUGUCCGAGCCUUACCACUGUGGAAUGGAUCGGCAGGGAAUCUCCCUAGAAGAUAUUAAAUGCUCCUGCACAGAUCUGAGCCACCGCCGGCGUGCACCAGAUCCUUAUUUCGCCAUCCGCGUGCAUUCGAUGUGCUCGUUCAACGUGAUGUUUUUAAGCUUUUUGAAAGAUUUUUUAAAACUACGAAUAAUGUAUAUUAGCAUGUGUAGCACGACACUAGAAGUUUAGAACCAAUGCUCUUUCGCACUGUCAAUGAGAGGCCAAAAGGGUGGUAGCCACCGAUGAAUUUGCAUGCCUCGUACAAAAUCAUCAUGUUGACAAGAUUGCCUUAUGCCAUUGAUGGAAGAUAGCGCCAGCCAUCCGGUCGCAAAUGAACAAUUGCUAGAAUAGGAAAUGGCAGAACUUCCGCCGGUACGAUUAAACAAUAGAAACGUAUUACCUGCAGCGAUUGGGUGAUACUCUUUCGCCAAAUGAGUAGACAAAUACCUCAUUUGAUCAAGUAACUUUUCUUUAACCAAAAAAGCUUUUCAAAAGCUUCUACACAGUGUUAAAGUUAACAUCUUUCAUUUUCUUGAACCAAAACUAAUUGAAUCCAGAUUUUCAUUUAAACCAUUCGUCGGUGAAAGCAUUCGGUAGUAAAUCGAUAAAAUUAAAAAACAAUGCGUUAAGACGAUAUAUAUUAGCACAAUCAACUGCAUAUAGAUCCACAGUUAUUGUUGGCAUGCUGUAAAAGCUCCCAAACAGUUGGAGGCUAUUAAAAGAUUGUGGUUUAAUAUUUUGAAUUUUAUUUUUUUGUUUCCCAAAGAUUGAUGGAAAUUGCUUUUUAUAUUGUAACAGCAAACAAAUAAAUAAUAUGUAAGC